AUGAGCGAUGUUCUUCUUUUUGUCGCCAGAGACAUUCCGUCUGCGCGUCGUCUGCUUCAGUCGUGGGCCUCAGAGUGCAGUGACCUACCCCCAAGCCAUCGCCCAGCGGUAAGUGUCCUAGUCGAGAAGAUCCGGGAUGUCGACGAGCCGGUGGACCUGACCCGUGUGGUUUUCGACGAUCAGCCUUCCUGCUGUUUUAGCAGCAUAAAAGUGUACCGGGCUGGACCAUCUACUGGGAAGAUUCCCAAUGAUGUCUUCUCCGAGGUCCGAUGCGUGAGAAAGAGAAGGCAGGCGGAAAGGACGCUUUGGGAUUGGCAUACACUCUUUCGCGUGUCUCGCGGAAUUCUGCAGCAAUUGGCAAGUGCGCCAGAGCCGGCACAGGGGACUAAUCUGGCCGUGAGCCAUGUGUCAGCGUUCGACAUGAGCCGGUUGCCCCAGCCUCUGAAGAAGGCGAGCCCUUGGCUGAAAGAUGUCUGGGGUGAGUGGAUCCAGCAGGCUGUGUCGGUGGACGAUCUACGACGAACGAGAUUGCCCAUUGUCGCCAAUGCCCUUUCAAUGGAUACAGUGGUAUCUUACGACGCGUUUUGUGAAGAGAAAGUCUUUGGAGAGUUGUAUCACGACGCGCUGUCUGCAGCGCUCAUUCACCAACAAUUCAUGCCGGUGACUGAUGCAAUAGCAAUCGUAACCUCGAUGGUGAAGGCAAUGAUGGGCGAACUGCGCCUGGCGACCCCAAAAGGCCGGCGAGAAGUGCGGGUGAGAUUUUUAAGCCAGCACCGCGCCGGUCUCGCGUUGACCAAGUCCUCCCGCCUAUGUCUUGUGUGCUUUGUGCAGCCUGCCGAGGUAUUCCUCCCAUGUGAAUGCGCAUUGUGUGAGAUAUGCUACCGUGGAUACGGAAACGGUGAGUUGACCGGAACCGUGAUCGUGUUCGAUAGAUGUGUUUUAUGCGAAACAGUGUUCGCCUCUGGGUGCGCCGUACGUCUGAAGCCGCCCACGGCGGGAUGCCGCGUCCUGGCCCUCGAUGGCGGCGGAGUAAAGGGCAUCGUUCAGCUGCGUGUUCUACAUGAGAUACAAAACUUGACCGGACUACCUAUACAAAUCUUUUUUGACUUGGCCAUCGGGACCAGCGUCGGUAGGCUGCCUUUAUUCCACACGAGAAAGAGAAGUACGUUCAGAACUGAUGUGUUUCUAGGAGGCAUCAAUGCGUUGUCGAUUGGUGUCCUAGGAUCGUCGCUAGACACUUGUGAGAAGGAUUUCGUGGAACUGGCGCGCAAGAUAUUUCCCAAGGCCUCGACAAGGCUUGGUCGCUGGUGCCAAAAACUGUCGCAGUGUGUUCGACUUGUCUGUAAAGAUGGCAUUUAUAGUCCCAGCGAGCCGAUUUUAAGGUCGAUCACAGGAGAGGCAAGACUCAGAGGACCACGAAAGUCGCUCUACGAUCGGAAACCCUUCGAGCAGAUGAAGGUAGCCGUAACGUCAAUCGAGUCGAGAACGAGUACGUCGAAGCUAUUUACUACGUAUACAGACCAUAACGCUCCAACCAACCUAGUCCGAGUGGUGGCUGGGAUAACCUCGGCCGCUCCUGUAUAUUUCCCCCCCAUAUCCCUGGGGUCUCCGAAGGUAGCGUAUUAUGACGGGCUGGAGAUCCCGCUGUUACAUGCGCGAGACGAAGCGCUGCGCCUAUCUCCCCGUAAGGUGCCUGAUUAUAUCCUUUCGGUAGGUAACGGCAUCAUGAGGACGACCCCGAAUACUUUAAUGAACUCUCUAUCGCGGUUUGCACACUUCAGCCUCGAGUCUUUGUGGGGGCACCGUCAGUAUGAAAAGCUUGGUGGGCCGGUGGGCGAGGCGUUCAACGAGUUCCGGAUCGACCCUGUUCUUGACAUGGAGGCGGUGGCGCUAGACGACGCGGAUGCCAUAGGCAAGCUGGUCCAACAGCUGAACCGGCAAUUCGUUGUCAAUUCAGAGCUUCGCCAGCGGAUAAAACAGUUAUCGCUAGUAAUGGUUGCUUCCUUGUUCUAUUUCCAGUUUCAAACGAUGCCGUGGAUAAAUCGACGGGGCGAAGUGGUUUGCCAAGGGUUUAUUACCUGCCGAUACGAGGACGACUCGAACAUGACAAGAGCGCUGGCGGCGAGUUACAAAGGGCUUUCGGUCAUAGUAGCUGGUAACGAGUACAGUGUGACUGCAGACCGACGCACUAGCGUCGAUUUCACUUUGCCUUCAUGGAGCCUUCCGUUUGACAUCAGACUAAAGCAUAGUGGAAAGUCCUCUUCUAUUACCGGAUUCCCACAAUCGGCCGACGGAUUGGUAGAGUUGCAACUUCAUGGUGGAAACCUGCUGAGGCCAACUACGAAACGAUCCAGAGUAAGAAGUACAUACAGCCCUCGCCUACCAAAGAAGAGAAGACUGUUUUUGUAG